CAUAGCUUCAACUCCAUCACCAUCCCCUUCAUAACAAUCCGCCACGGCAUUCUUCACCGUCCGGCUCACGUUCUUGUACGUGUACCGGCUCGCGAUAACUGCAAAAACGCAAACAUCCAAAGCCGUUAUCCCGGCCAAGAGCCAAUACAACGCGAUCCCGAGGCUCCUCAUCGAGUCGGGGACUUGAUCGUAAAAAAACUCUUGAAGCCCGACUAUCGCGAAACCGUCCCCUAUACCGUAGAGCAAAAAUUGGGGCGCCAGCCAGAAAAUACUCAUCGAGGCCGACGACCCGUGUCGCCAGAGAAAGUCGAGCCGCCGCCGCUCGACGACUGCCGCCACCAACAUGGCGAGGAUGUUUAUGGCCAUGCCGACGCCGAUUCUUUGGAGGACGGUUAUGCCCCUCUCGCGGCCCUUGAUUCUGCGGGCAAGGGGCUCGAGGGCGUAAUCGUAAAUUGUGAUCAUGGCGAUCAUGGCGAUGGCGGCGAGGCCGAAAAUCGAGGCGGGCGGGAGGAGGAAGUCGUGGCCGAGGUGGCGGUCGAGAGUCGUGCCUUGCUUGAUGAAGAAAGUGGUGCCUUGGGCAAGGCUUAUGGCGAAGGGCAUGGUCGCGAACCAUAUGGGGAUUACGUGGACGACGAGCUUCAUUUCCUCGACUUGGGUCACGGUUGCAAGUCGCCAAGGGUUUGGGUUGUGGUCGUCGGGCUCGAUUAUGGCGGCCUUGUCGAGGAACCUUUUUUUCGGUCGAUCCGUGCGGAAGAGGAGCCUCCCACGAGCCCCCUUGUCCCCCUUCGGAACCUCCUUCCUCUUGACAAAAGCCGCGACAGCCACCCGCGCAAGUGGCGUGAAUGGGCUACCCGUGGGCCUCCGAAAGCGGUAGAACGGCCGCCCAACCCAAAAAACCACCAACGUAAGGCCCAUAACAAUUGUAAGCGUGACAUCGGCCGCAGCCCAACUCACGUGGUCUUGCACGUAGACGAUCACGGUCACCCC